AUGAGUGGCGGGAACAAAGCUCGCGACGCGCGGCGCGCGAAGGCGCGAGCUGUCCGAAAGAGAGGCCAAGAGAAGGCAAUCCAGUCGAUGAUCAGAGGAGGGCUAUCCAUUCGAUCCUUCAAGGAGAAGAAAAUCAGCUGGCGGGUGAGAGAAGCCCACGCUGAGCAGCUGAGAGUUGCAAAGGCAUCACUGCCUGCCGCCCAACGCGAGGCGCGAGGUGCAGCUGAUCCUUAUAGCUGCCACAAAUAUAUGUGCAGUCGCAUUGCAGGUCUGCACAUAUGUUUUGAUACCUUAGAAUGA